AUAUUUGUGCGAAAAUGCAGAGUAGACUGACUUUGAUCCUCCUUGGCGCUCAUCCCCGCCAUGUCGCUGCCACAGUGUAAACAACCCUAGGCAGCCCCUCUCGGAAUGAUGAACUGGUCCCAUUUGUAGUUGCUACUCAGUUCUCUUGAUUCAUAUACAACCAGCCAUCAUGGAGUCUUUUAUGAGAAUGGAGCACGACCCUGAUGGAAAUUCCCAGCAGGUAGCUGUCAUCAUGACAGGCCAGGUAUACAGGGAGGCUGGCCUGAAGCACAGUGAGCAUCCCAAAGUGGAAGGGAUGCUUUAUGAUAAACUAUGUCAGAUUGGAAAGCACAAGCUCAGGGAUGAUGUUCGUAAGAUGGCCUUGAACAUUGCAUUGAUGGUCUCUGACAAGGAAUUCAAGCCAACAGUUGCAUGGCUUGAUAACUUCAUGCGACGGUUUUGCUUGUCAAGAAAAAAAAUGGGAUUCCAUAGCUCAGCAAUGUUGAAAAGGAAAGAUAACGUCCAGCCACAGCCUCAGACUCCAGCCAGUGGAAGUGGCUUGACUCAAGAAGAUGUUUUUAAUGUUUUGGGGAUAAACAUGGAUGGGAAUGGACUCCCUGAAGAGGAAGGCAAAGUGGCAGCCAGUGAGAAGAUCUUAGAAGAUGUAAUUGCUGAGACAGAGAAUGGAGUCAAUGGAAACCAAGGCAUAGAAACUGAUUGCCAGACAAGUCUUUUGGAUUCAGUUGAUAAAAAUUGUUCCAUAGAAGAUCUCUUUGCAUCAGAUUCAGAAAAUGUAGAGAGCAAAAUCACAUCACUAGACCAGAAUGUUACUCCUGAUCCAAAGAAAGAGCAAGUUGUAUGUGAAGAAAUAGAACAGCUUAAUAAGUUGGAAAACCUUGCAAGUCAGAUGGUGCAAAACCAAGAUUCGGAUGAUGACAUUAUAAUAGAAAAAAGUGUAUUGAAAACAGAUACACUUCCAAAAGAAUCCAAGAUGGAUAUAGACAAAGAAACCAUAAAAAAGGAGCAGGAUUCUUCAAAUGAUGAAGAAAACAAUGACAAGGAUUCUUCAAAAGGAAGUGAUAGUGUUUGCACAAUUUACAGUGACUGUGACACAUUUAAAUGCAUGAUGGAAACCUCUCCUUUUGUGGUGGAAUUUAUAGAUAAAGACAACAUGAGAGAAAAGAAAUCCACAAAAGGAAGAGGCAAGAGUAAUGGUUCAUCAGAUGGAGACUCUCAGCAGGAUGACCAGGCUGAUGCUGGAGGGAAGAAGUCCAGGCAAGUGGAGGAUGAGAUGACAAUCAAGUAUACCAAAGAGGAGAAUGAAUAUUACCGAAAGAACAUUAAUGAUCUUCAAAAGAAGCUUCAUGAUGCGGUGAUGAGAUGCACUGCCUGUAAUGAACAAAUCAAUCAUCAGAUUCGAUCUUUGGUCUACACCCACCCCGUGCUAGGAGUUCUUUCAUGCAAGAGAUGUAGGAAAUAUUAUGGGAAAGGUAGAUUUUGUAAAGAUGAAGAGGGCUAUGAUGAGUACUGCAGAUUGUGCGCAGAAGGAGGCGACUUACUGUGCUGUGAGCAGGAGGGUUGUUUCAAUGGAUUUUGUAAGCGCUGUAUAAAGCGAACCAUGGGUCGUUCUGAGCUGAAGAAUGCAGAAACAGCAGAGAACUGGGCAUGCUAUGUUUGUGACAAGACUUCUAUGACAGAGCUCCGAGCACUACACAGAGCUAUUCUGAGUAACUUAGAGGAAUCAGAAGUGCAGGAUGACAAUCUGUCAAGGAAGGAAUUGAAUAAAAAGAACUUACUUUCAAAAUUUGAGCUUCUGAAAAAGAAUAGGAAGGAAAGAGCAACAAAGAAUUCUCCCAAGAAAGUCGAAAAGAAAGCAGAUAAGGACAAAUCUGGUGAUAGCAGAGGAAAGCAAAACCAAGCUUGGCUAAACGAGAGCAUUGAAACUAUGGUUGAUAUGCUUUCGUUAUGUUUAAAGAAUGUUGAAAAAAUAAACAGCUCUUGGAAGAACUCCCAUUAUUCAGCAGAGGGAACUGAAAAGGCAGGUAAAAGAAUUUUGAAGCAACUCACAGGGAUGAUGACCAAUUUUGAAAUCCUUGAAAAAAAUGUUUCAGUUGAAGUAAAAAAACUGGCUUCAGAAGAAAAGGUGGAAGAGAUUGAUUCCACUGAGAACAAAAGCAAAAAGAGCAAAAAGGAAGCUGAGGAAAGUACCACAGCAUCUUCACCCAAAAAGAAAAGCAGCUUGAGAGAAAUGGACAUGGAAACUGAGGAACAAGUUACACCCAAAAGAAAGAGGAAUAAGUCAAAGAUUGAUGAAGAUGCAGAGGAAGGAAAUAGGACCAGCUGUAAAAAGACUGCAAGUCAAGAUUCUUUGAAAACAUCAAGCAAAGAUGAAAUGGAAGUAGAUGACGCAAGCAAAGAUUCAAGCAAGGCCAAUAUCAGAUCAGAGGAUGAAUGUUCAGCCAAUAUAGAUGACCCUGUGGAACAGGAUGAAGUGAGGAGUAAUGGGAGUGAUACUGCAAUAGAAGAAAGUAGAGGCAAAGGUGACUCUGAACCUGACGAUGAGGCCGAGAUAGAAAAGGCAUUAGCCAAGACAAAAUCAUUGUCUGAGGGUGAAGCUGAAGAGGCAGAUAAAGAUUCAAGUAUCCUUUCCUCUACCACAGUUGAAUAUGUUGGAAAAGAAAGUACAGAAAAAUGCAAAAAAAAAUCAAGGGCAAGUUUGUCAAAGAAGAAGGAUGGUGAAGAAAGUGCUGAUACAUCAGAAGAACAAAAAAACCCUCUUUCAAAUGCAAGGAAGACCAGGAGAAGCAAAAGUACAGAGGAACUGAGUGAGGUGAACAUAAAGAAGGAACCUGACUCAGACAGUGAAAAAGAAGUGAAAAGUAAAAGAGGAAGGAAGGCCAAAGAUCAGAAAAAGGAAGAGAGAGAUGAGGCAGAUGAGAAAGGCUCGUUCAAAAAGGAUGAAUCUGAAGAAGAAAAAAAAGUGAUUAAGAAAGAGAAGGGAGAUGAGAUAGUGAGGAUUAUGAUGAUGAGGCAGAUAACAAAGAAAAUAAAUCAAAGGGAAGAAAAAAGGUUCAGAAGGAGUGUGAAGAAAAAGAAGAAAAAGAUGAUGAAGAAGGAUACUAAGAAGGAGAAGGGAUCUGAAGAUAUAACAGACAGUAAUGAUGAGAAGAAAACCAGAAAAAGUCCAGUGAAAAGUAAGGGAAAGAAGAAACAGGAAGAGGUGAAUGGGAAAGAAAGUUCAGAUGAAGAGGAAGCAAAUGAUAAAGAAGCAGGUGAGAGUAAGAAAGGUAGAAUUAGUCCUAAGAAGUCUGAUGAACAAGAAAAGAAGAAGAAGAAAAAGGAGAACAAUGAGGCUUUCUCAGAGUUGUUAGCAAGUGAAUCUGAAAAUGAGAAAGGCAACUUAAGUGAUGAGAAGGAAACCGGAGCAAAUGAUGAACCCAUGGAAUGCAGUCAAGGAGAAAGUUCAGAAGAGGGUACCUCGGAAAAGAGGAAACGGCAAGCAGGUAAGAGCAAGGGUGAAGCUGGUGGCGAGAUUAUGAGCACCAGUAAAGAAGAAAAACAGAAAAAUAAAAAAAAAGGCAGUACACCUAUUAAGGAUGACAACCAAAUGGCCAUGGCUUCUCUCCUGGAAAGUGAGAGUGAUUAUGAACUAGAGGACAAACCCAAGCCUAAGUGUAAGAAAAAGAAUUUCCUCAAGAAAUAUGCAGAGAAAAUGGAAAAAGUGAAGCACUUAACAGAAGAAGAGAAAGAAGAACUAAAGGAGAAGCAGCUUGAAAGCAAGUGCCAGACCAAAGUGCAGAAAAUCAGCACAGAAGUCAAGAGCAAAUUGGAGAAAGAUGAAUUCAUUGACGUUAAAGAAUUCCCAGAGUUCAGGCGGAAGAAGGAGACAGAGCGCCAGAAACAAGCAAAGCAUUAUGAUGGUGAAGCUGAUGAAGAAGAUUCAGAUGAGGAAUUUGAAAAGCUCAUGAAAUUUGAUGUCAAUAAAAAGUUCAAUAAACCUGGACCCAAAAGCAAGAAGAAAUAUCCAGAAUCAGAGCCAGAAGAUGAAGAAGCAGAUGUGAAAGCAAAGCCUGAGAGUAACAAGGAAGAAAAAGAUGACAAAAGCAAGGUGAAGAAAGAGGGGGUAACCAAGAAGAAAAAGGAGGGCUUACUUGACAUCAGCAUUGACAAAGAGGAGGAGGAGGAAGAGGAGGAAGAAGAGGAGGAGCCAGAGGAGGGAAAGAAAAAGAAGGGGAAGGAUGGUGGGAUAAGUCUCAAUGAGAAGAUGAAGAAGCAGAUCCUCAUGAGUAGUGACGAGGAAGAUGAGGAGGAGGACAAAGAAGAAGAAAACAAAGAGGAGGAGGAAUCAGGGAAGAAGGGUGCUCCAAAGGUUUACAAGAAGGGUUACAUGAACUUAAACAUCUCUUCUGAUGAUGGAGAAGUUGGCGAACAAGAUGAUGAACAUGUACCAGAUAGUGAGGAGGAGGAGGAGGAAGAGGAAGAAGAGGAUGAUGAUGAUGAAGAGGAUGAUAGCGACUUUGAAGAAUCACCAAGGAAGAGAAGAACAUUCCAGAUAUCCUCAUCAGACAGCGAUGAUGACAAGAAGAAGAAGAGAAAGAAGAAGGUAACUUCAUCAGAGAAUGAAAGUGAGGAACUUGAAGAAGCACCAAAGCCAAAAAGAAAAAGGAUAAGAAAAAUGUCAUCAUCAUCUGAUGAAGGAGACGGUGAUGAAGAAAAUAAGGAGGAUUCCCCAAGUAAACACCGCAAAAUCCGCCGUGUAAUAAGGGAUGAAGACCUAAUGGAGACCACUAAAAAUGCCACACAAGAGGAAGAGGAACGAAGAAAGCGUAUUACAGAAAGACAGAAAAAGUACAAUCAAAUAUUUGAGAUCGAUGUUGAAUCAGAUCAAAAGGACCUUGGGAAAUUGGUUCUUGAUUUUGACCCUGACACCAAGAAGGAGCUUGUUUCUGUAGAUGAAAAGUUGGUCAAGUUCUUAAAACCUCAUCAGUUCAAAGGUAUCAAAUUUAUGUGGGAUGCAACCUGUGAGAGCAUAGAAAUGUUAAGCAGUAAAAGAGGCAGUGGCUGUAUCCUUGCACAUUGCAUGGGUCUCGGAAAGACUUUGCAGGUGAUCACAUUCACACACACGUUAUUGUCCAGCAAGAAAGUUAACCGUCACAUACAGCGAGUGAUGGUCUGCUGCCCUGUGAACACAGUCUACAAUUGGGUUAAUGAGUACAAAAACUGGCUCAGAGGCAAAUUGUUGCACUUCGAAGUAUCAGAACUUGUAUCGGCAAAGGAUUUGUGGAGUCGUGCUUACAGACUGGAUGACUGGUGGAAGGAAGGUGGAGUCUGCAUCAUGGGUUAUGACAUGUUCCGAAACCUCUCCAACAGCAAAAGCAAGAGGUAUAAGGGCAAGAUGAAAGAAAUCUUCCACAAGACCUUGGUAGAUCCAGGACCUGACUUAAUAGUGUGUGAUGAAGGCCACAUAUUGAAGAAUGAAAAAACAGCAUUAUCAGUCGCUAUCAAUAAAAUUAGAACUCAUCGGCGCAUUAUUUUGACUGGAACACCUCUCCAGAACAACCUUAAGGAAUACCAUUGCAUGAUACAGUUUGUCAAGCCAAAUCUCUUGGGAACUAAAAAGGAAUUCAUGAAUAGAUUUGUAAAUCCUAUUGAACAAGGGCAGUGUGCUGACGCCAUGCCCAGAGAUGUAAGGAGGAUGAAGAGAAGAGCUCACAUUCUACAUAACAUGUUGGAGGGAUGUGUACAGAGGUUUGACUACACAGUGCUUAAACCUUUCCUGCCUCCGAAGUUUGAGUAUGUUAUAUCAAUACAACUGUCAGACUUACAACAGAAACUCUAUCAGUAUUACUUGGACAAUCUUGCCCAAGGUGGGCCCAAGAGACAAGGAUCAGGGCUCUUUGUGGACUUUGGUGCUCUGUCAAGAGUUUGGACUCACCCUAAAGUCCUUGAGUUGGCUGUGAGAAGAGCAAUCAGGAAGAUGAAGAAAGAGGAAGAGGUUAACAAAGAUGAGGUUGAGAAACCUGGCCCCAUCCCAGGCUUGACAGAGAGUGGGAAGGUUCGUGUAGACUGGUGGAAGAAAUUAGUGGAAGAAUAUAAUGAGGAUUCUAAGGAUGAGGACUUUCUGGAUUCCUUAGAGCAUGGUGGAAAGCUGAUCCUUCUCCUAGAUAUUUUGCGUGAAUGUUGUUCCAUUGGUGACAAAGUGCUUGUGUUCAGCCAGUCCCUUUUGGCCUUAGACAUGAUGGAGGACUUCUUAGAAUUGAUUGACAGAGGAGAGUUGGAGAUGCCCUCAACAGAAGAUCCCCUACCUUUACCCUUUAAGCAGUGGAAGAGGGACAGGGAUUACCUUCGUUUAGAUGGCUCAACAAGUCCUGAUGCCAGGAAGAACCUCUGUAAAGCAUUUAACAGUACAUCAAAUGAAAGGUGUCGUUUGUUCCUCAUAUCAACUCGUGCAGGAGGCUUGGGCAUUAACCUGGUAGCUGCAAACAGAGUUGUAAUAUUCGACUCUUCUUGGAAUCCUUCACAUGACACUCAAUCCAUCUUCAGAGUGUAUCGUUUUGGACAGAAAAAGCCUUGCUACAUCUAUCGCUUUGUUGCACAGGGAACAAUGGAAGAGAAAAUCUAUUCUCGUCAAGUAACAAAAAUGUCAACAGCAUUGAGAGUGGUAGAUGAACACCAAAUCAAAAGGUACUUCAAAAUGGAAGAACUAGCACAGCUGUAUGAGUUUACUCCAGCAGAUAGGAAUGUCAGAGAAACCCCAAUUGUUCCAGAGGAUCGAUUGUUGGCGGAGUUACUGAAGCGGCAGAAAGAUUGGAUUGUAAAUUACCAUGAGCAUGAUUCCCUCCUUGAAAACCAGACAAGUGAAGAGCUGACUGAAGAGGAACGCAAGGCGGCUUGGGAGGAUUAUGAAAAUGAAAAGAAGGGAUUUAUGUAUUAUCAACAACAACGGAACAGUGUUAUGCCUGUGGUUGGUCCUGCCACCAUGGUUGCAUCAUCAGCUGCUCCGUCAUUGUCACUUUCAUCCUUCAGCUUUGAAGGGGUGGUUAAUACAAUCAAGGCACAGAAUCCUAACCUAACGCAAAAUGAAUUGUGUGAGAGUGUUGUACUGGCUACAAAACAGAUCCAAAAGAUUCAUCUUACACAUUAUCAGAGAGUCCAAGGAAUGGUGUAUAAUCUCAAGAAUCCAAUGAUAGCUCCAGAGCAGCGAAAGUUGCUACCAUUUGGAAAUCAUCCAGAAAUGUUGCCCAUGCUGGAACAACAGUUACGCAUGCUAGAGGAGAACAUUCAGCGUGAGAACCAAGUAAUCAAUCACAUGGGACAGAUCACUUCACAGAGAGUGAGUUCUUCUAAUACGGCCAAUAUGAUGUCAGCUGGACUGAUACGUGGUCAGCCAGUUAGCUCAGGCAUAAAUUCAGCUACUGCUAAUUAUGUUACAAGACCCACUGCAACUCCUUCCACAUCAAUGAUGAUGCAGCAGCAACAACAAAUGCAGCAGCAACAACAGCUGCAACAACAAACACAAAAUCAACCCGAAAAGGUAUAGAUAAAAUAUGAAGAACA